AUGGGAUCGGGUAUCCUGUUCUCAUACCCCCAACUGGCCACACUUGCUGGUCUCCAGGGAGUGCUUGUCUAUGCGCUCUCCUCGGCUCUGCCGUUGCUGAUUUUCGCCGCCCUCGGCCCCAUCAUCCGCAAGAAGUGUCCCGAGGGCUUUGUCCUUACUGAGUGGACCAGACAGCGAUACGGGGCGGUCACUUCUCUGUACCUGAGUGCCUUGACGCUCCUGACGCUCUUCUUGUACAUGGUGGCUGAGCUGUCGGCCAUCGGCCAGGUCGUGACGGCCCUUACUGGCCUGGACGGCCUGCCCGUGGUGAUUGUGGAAUGUGUGAUCACAACCGUAUAUACCUCACUCGGAGGCUUCCAGAUCUCCUUCCUCACGGACAAUGUCCAAGGAGCCAUGAUCGUCGGUCUCAUCAUUAUUGCCACCAUCACGAUCGGUGCCAAGACCGAGAUCAAACCCGAGCUGAUCGCCGAGUCGGGGCUCCUCGAACCCAACCUCAUCGGAUGGCAGCUGAUCUAUAUCCUGCCGGUGGCCAUAUUGACCAACGAUUUCUUCUUGUCCAACUUCUGGCUGCGCACCUUCGCCUCCAAGACGGACAAGGACCUCUGGAUUGGGGUUUCGACCGCCAUGGUGGUCAUCCUGAUCACGCUGACGCUGGUGGGAUGUACGGGGCUGAUCGCCGCAUGGUCGGGCGUCUGGCCCGGCGACCCGGCGCAGGACGGGUCGGUCGCCUUCUUCCUGCUGCUGGAGCAGCUGCCCAACUGGGUCGUGGGCAUCGUGCUGGUCAUGGCCAUCUCGCUCAGCACGGCGUCGUUCGACUCGCUGCAGAGCGCCAUGGUGUCGAGCGCCAGCAACGACCUGUUCCGCAACCGGCUCAACGUCUGGUGGAUCCGCGCCGGCGUCGUGCUCAUCAUCGUGCCCGUCGUCGUGCUCGCGCUCAAGGCCCCCAGCAUCCUGCAGAUCUACCUCAUCUCGGACCUGCUCUCGGCUGCCACCCUCCCCGUCCUCGUCCUCGGCCUCAGUGACCGCAUCUACUGGUGGCGCGGCUUCGAGGUCCUGGUCGGCGGCCUCGGUGGCAUCCUGACCGUCUUCAUCUUCGGCACCAUCUACUACGGCGACGCCCAGCAGGGUGGCAACCUGAUCCUGCUUGAGCAGGGCCUGUACAGCGGCGACUGGGGUGCGUUUGGUGCGUUUGUUGCUGCCCCCGUCGGCGGUAUCCUCUGGGGCUUCGGGGCCCUGACCCUGCGACUCGGGUUCCAGUUUGCGCGGGCCAAGAUGACGGGCCAGCGCUUUGACGCAUUGGAUCGCCCCUGGCCCACUGCCACUGCCCGCGAGGAGGAGUACGAAGAGGACACCGUACCGGUUGGCGCCGGGCGAGGAGAUGUCGGCAUCAACUCGAAGAUAUCCGGCAAGUUCUUCUAG